CGCCUGACACUUGGGGAGUCGGUUUCCCCCAUUGGAGCCUGAUGAGUCUCCACUCAGAUUAAAUGGACGCAUAGGCAUACAGCACCUGACGUUUUUACAGUGCGAUGGAUAAGACCUUUGCUCCUGAUGUCAAGGUCAGGCUUGAAAAGAGUACCUCCCAUCUGCCGCUCAGCCCCCACAGCAGGGGGCAGUGGUCCAGUAAAAUUGAGUUCCUUCUGGCUGUAGCGGGACAGAUCAUUGGCCUUGGGAACGUGUGGAGGUUUCCCUAUCUGUGCUACAAGAAUGGAGGUGGAGUCUUCUUCAUCCCAUAUGUGUUGUUCCUUUUCACCUGUGGGAUUCCUCUGUUUCUCUUGGAAACCUCGAUGGGACAGUACACCAAACAGGGUAGCAUCACGGGCUGGAAAAAAAUUUGUCCCUUAUUUCAAGGGAUUGGUUACGGUAGCCAGGUGGUUGUUUUGUACUCAAGCAUCUAUUACAUUAUUAUUUUGGCCUGGGCAUUCCUGUAUCUCUUCUCAUCUUUCAGCACUGAACUUCCCUGGGCAAGCUGCAGAAACAGCUGGAACACGAAAACAUGUGUGGAAUUCGAUCGAUUGAGUAAUUUAAAUGUGACCAUAGCGGCAAAUGCAACAUCACCUGUGCGAGAAUUUUGGGAGAGAAGAGUUUUGGACCUAUCAGGAAGUGUCCAUGAGCUUGGGGGGAUCCGAUGGGAGUUGGCUAUGUGCCUUCUGCUUUCCUGGGUAUUAUGUUACUUUUGUGUCUGGCAGGGAGUGAAGUCCACUGGAAAGGUGGUCUACUUCACUGCCACAUUCCCCUAUUUGAUGUUAGCAGUACUUUUGGUGCGGGGUCUGACACUGCCAGGAGCCUUAAAUGGUAUUAAGUUUUAUUUGUACCCGGACCCGUCCCGCCUCAGUGACCCUCAGGUGUGGAUGGAUGCUGGGACUCAAAUCUUCUAUUCCUAUGCAAUCUGCAUUGGGUGUUUAAUGGCUCUCGGCAGCUAUAAUAAGUACAAUAACAACUGUUACAAAGAUUGUGUGUACUUGUGCCUUCUAAACAGUGGGACUAGUUUUGUAGCUGGGUUUGCCAUUUUCUCAGCUUUAGGCUUCAUGGCGUAUGAGCAGAAUACAGAAAUAUCAAAAGUGGCUGAAUCAGGUCCUGGUUUGGCAUUUAUUGCUUAUCCUCGAGCAGUCGCCAUGAUGCCUUUCCCUCAGAUUUGGGCCAUUUUCUUCUUUAUUAUGAUCAUCUUACUGGGACUUGACAGUGAAUUUGUGGGACUAGAAGCCUUGGUUACAGCCAUUUCAGACCUGUACCCCUCCUACUUUCACGUGGGACAUCGGCGCAAGUUCCUUCUUCUCUCCAUCUGUGUCGUCAGCUUCUUUAUUGGCUUGAUCAUGGUUACAGAGGGGGGGCUCUACAUCUUCCAGUUGUUCGACUACUACGCCUGCAGCGGCAUGACUCUGCUGCUCUUCGCCUUCCUUCAGUCUGUGUCCAUUGGAUGGGUCUAUGGCAUUACCGUUUUUAUUGAUAACAUUGAUGGACAGAUUGGAUACAGGCCUCUUCCAAUCAUAAAGUAUUGUCUUAAGUUUGUCACACCAGUCAUCUGUUUGGGGACAUUUGUAUUUUCUCUGGUCAAAUACACUCCUCUGAAGUUCAACAACAUUAUAGAGUAUCCAUGGUGGGGCUAUGCUCUGGGCUGGUGGUUCACUCUCUCCUCCACUCUCAUGGUCCCAAUCAUUAUGGUCUACAUGUUGAGCAUCACCCCAGGAACACUACGAGAGAGAUUCUCCACCCUGUGCACACGAUCAAAUGACCUGCCUUUGACGAAGCCGGAGAGAAAAGCCCUGGAGCUGCUGGACAUGAGCUCGUGCAUCGAUAGAAAGUUGUCCCAGUGACAACUUUAAGGCACAGUUCGGUUUGUGCACUUUUUUA